UUAUCACGUAAAUAUUGUUUUUCCAUUUGCAGAUCUUAGUUUUUACUAGGCUGUUUCUCAAGAUGUCUAAGAAAGAAGUAGUGGUAGUAACUGGUUCCAGUGGCUGUUUAGGGCAGCAUAUAGUAAAGUUGUUGCAAGAGAAAGAUGAUAAUGUUGAAGAAAUACGACUCUUUGAUCGAAAACCGUAUCAAAAUAAAUUAGGGCACAGUGAAAAGAAACCUAUGAAACAGUUUGUUGCAGAUGUGCGAGAUAUGAAGUCAGUACUAGAAGUGCUGUCAGGUGCAGAUUGCGUUAUUCAUGCUGCAUGUGUUAUAGACGUUCGCCUGUAUCCUGAUAUCAAAGAAAUGACAUCUACUAACAUUGAUGGUACAAAAAAUAUUAUUGAAGGCUGUGUGAAGCAGAAUGUUUCACGUUUAGUGUUCGCCAGCACUACUGAUUUGGUGUGUGGUAGCGAGCAUGUUUUUUAUGGUACCGAGUCUACAACCCCAAUCCCUACUACAUUUAUGAUUGGGAAAUAUGGUGAAACAAAGUGUGAAAGUGAAAGACUUGUAGUGAAUGCAAGUGGUAAAUUAUUAGCUGAUGGGAAGACAACAUUACGUACUGCUGCUAUUCGCCCAACUCCUUUUUAUGGUGAAGAAGAUAAAAAAUUUUUCUAUGAUGUUUUGAAGUAUACUAAGAAAAACAAGGGUUAUUAUCGCAGAAUUAGAAGUUUAGAUGAACGUCUACAAAUUUGCUAUGUAGGUAAUGCUGCAUGGGCUCAUAUUAAAGCAAAAGAUAGACUUGCAAUUGAUGAAACCAUUUCUGGGGAAGCUUUUUUUGUUACUGAUGAUACACCCAUUAUUGACAUUCAUGAGCACCUCCAACCAUAUUUAGAAGCUCGAAAUUUUAAAGUCAGUGAUUAUGUCUUUCCUUACUGGCUUGCUUGGAUAAUUCUUUCAUGUAUUUGCCUUUUGAUACAUAUUGUUAAUUUGUUUGUAAAAUUUGAAGUAGACAUACCUCCUGUUUCCGUUCUUAACUACAUGUGUUCCACAUUUUUCUACAAUCGUAGUAAAGCUACCCUUCGCCUUGAUUACCAACCUAUAUUUACUUAUGAAGAAGCAAAAGAGCGUUCCAUGAAAUAUUAUUCUGAUGUGCCACUAUAAUUGAAUAAAUUAAUUUUUGUUCAGACCAUUGGUAUGUGCAUUAAAUUCUAUGUAUUAAAACAAAUUCCAUUGUAUUUCUGUAUUUUUAUAACAUAUAUUUUGAAAUUUUUUUAUAUAUUUUUUUGAUAAAACCAUACUGAGUAUUUUUGAUUGUUUUACAUUAUAUUAUUAAAGAAAUUAUUAUAUUCUGAUUAAUAAAACUUACAAUUUUUGCAUGAUUGUUAGAAAAUAAAUUGACUGUGUUAAAAAUUCAUUUUUUGUGAAGUAAAAAAAAUGUUUUUUAAAUACUUGAUUGGUUGGUUACCUUUGAAUUGUAGAAAACAAGUGAGAAAAUCAUACUUGUUAUGCAAUGGUGCUGUCAUCAAUUUGUUUGUAUUAUUUUUUAUUUGUUAGAUCUGAUAUUUAAAAAUAUGUAUUAUAAAUAUAUAAAUUGUCCUGUGUGUAUACUGCAAGGCAAAAUAUUGUAAGGAUUUGGGGGGGGGAAUUUUCUUCUGUAAAUAAAAUAGAAUGAUACAAUUGAAUGGUGGUCUGAUUAUUUAAUCUAUAAAUUUUAGUAUGUGUGAGGGAACUUCAUUUUUGCAUAACCUUUUUGAUGCUGAAAAAGGUGUCACUUGGAUUAUAACAAAAGCAAGUCAAAAAAUGCAUUACGAAAUUUAGCUCAUUAUAAUAAAAACCUUUUUAAAUAUAUGUCUUUUUAUUACACCAAAAGCAUAACAGGUGUAUCACUCACUCUUUUUAUGGAGUAAAUAUCAAAAUGAGUUUGUGUUACCAGUAUUAAAGCGAAGGUAGCUGUAAGUUUGUUUUUCUGAUAUACUUACUUUGCAGUAUUACAGAAGUACAGUUCUGCUGCAGCUGUUGAUUUUGAGCCAGGCCUUUAAAUUAUAGUUAUAUAUUUAUGGCCACACUUCAUGAUUCUAUAAUGAUUAUAUGAAUUUUUAUCUUUUUUCUGUAACAUUAAUUUAUUCCACUCUGUUGCAAUGUUGUUUAAGAAGUGUGCUGAUCUGUUGAUAAGAUUAUAAUUUCACAGAUGAGAUUUAUAUGCUGUCAGUGUUUGUUUCAUUGUUUUAAUGUGCAUUGGAAAUGCAUUGUUGUAAUAUCAGAAUGAUCCUUUGAGAGUCUAUAUUUAACGUACGUAAAGUUUAAUUAUGUGUAAUUUUGUAAUAUUUCUUUGCCUAAAUGCUUCUUGGAUGUUUCCAUGUGCGCUGUAAUUGUUCAUACAUUGUUGUAGGCUAUUAUGCAUUCAGUUUAAAAAUAAUGUAUUCAUUUCUGGUGCUUUGCAAAUUCGUAUUUUAAGUAAAAAGUGUGAUUACAUUUUCCUUUUAUGGCAAACUUAAUUGUACCAGUAUGAAAUAUUAUUGUGAAGAUUGAAUUCCACCCCCUCCAAAUAAUACAUUAUGUUUACAGAAUGCGUAAAGAGCUAAAAUCUUUCUAACAUUUAAUAAUUCAUAUUAUUUUAACAAUAAAAUGUAAGUAGUAACUUAUUUAAAAUAUGAACAGUAAAUUUUUUUCAUUUUACAGAGGCUUUAAAACUAGUUAUUACAAGUAUGUGACUGGUUAUUAAUGUAAUUUUACUUUUGAUAAUUAUGCAUUAUUAUCAUUUGUUUUCCUUCCUUUUGUAUAAUUCAUGCUUUAGAUAUUUUUUUAAUGAUAAAUCCUUACAAAUUUCUAUAAACAGAAUUAUGUACAUUUGAUAUUUUAUCAUGAAAAGGCUCAAUUUUGCUUUGCAUUUUAAAUGUCAUUGUUUUAAAAAUCAUGCAAUGUUAUUUGAAUUCAAAUUAUUUAUUUUCCAUGUAAAUUUAUUAACAUGGCAUCUCAUGUUGAGCUAAUUCCGAAAAUAAAUAAUGUGUUUCUAUUUUCAAGUAUAAAUACUUCAUGCUAUCAUACUUCAAUAAUGUCAUUUGUUUUAUUGUUUCAGAAAUUCCAUUAAAUUGAGUCAUAUUAAUAUGAAUAUGUUUUUAAAUAAAAUUUAUCUUGUAAUUAAAUCCAGGUAAUUAGUAAAAUUAAUGUUUGGUGGAAGAGUAAUUUUUGUGGUAGUGAAGAUAAUUUUUAAUAGUUUUGUAGCACUUUUCAAAUAUAUAUAAAUGAACUUUUCUGUCUAACUGCAACUUUUUUAUUUAUUCUGUUUGAACUGAAUUGAAUAAAGAAAUGAAUAAAAAUUUUCUGUUCAGUUUAUCAUGUACUGCUUGAAUUCAGCACCACAUGUCCUUCCAGUUUUGUUUUCAGCCACACAGCUGUUGUGUUUUUAAAAGGUCAUAAAUCAUAUUAGUAGCAUUGCAAUUUUUGUGCCUAAAAUAACUCAUUAAGGUGGAAAUUGUAAAAAUUGCUGUGAGUGUUAAUCAAAUGUUAGAUUUGUUUUUGAGUAGCAGAGAUAGAUUUUGAGGGAGUAAUGAAAUUUGUCAUGUGAAUGUAUUUUGUUAUAUAAUUUAUGUGCAGUUGCCAGGCAAAUUGAAUGAAUUUUGUAUUAUGAAACUAAACAUUUUUAUCUUCCAGUUCUUUAUAAUUUAAUCUAUUUUUAUAUUGCAUAGUUUAUUAUAUGUAUUCAUGUCAGUUGUUCAUUGUUUGUAUGAAAUAUGUAGGCCUUUUCUAUGUCAUAAUACAUGUAUAUUUUUGAAUCAAUAAAUAAUUGACAACGUUUUUUGUAAGACAAUGUUUAAAGGGGCUUGUUUACAAUCUUUUUGUCUUGGUCAUCAGUAUUUGUGGUACUUUGUGACUUCAGUGUAUAAGUGCACUUGAAUGGUAGAACAAAUUAAAAUCAUAGAUUCAUAAAUGACCCAAGUAAUUAAUAACUGAAGAAUAGCAUUUUAUGUAAAAAUUGUGAAUAUGCCUUAAAUUAAAUUAAUUGAAUUUUUGCAUCUGUUCAUGCAAAAGUUACUCAACAUGAAAUUCAUGCAGAUUCAUUUUCAAGUUGUAGCUAAGCAUGCUGAGGUACAGUUUUUAAAUCCACAUUGUAGGGGAUGGUUUUGACUUAAAUGGAUGUGUUUUCUGUACUAUUUACUUAUUUUUCUCAGUCAGUGCAGCAUUUAACCCCUUGACAUAAAUUACGUCUGGGAGACAUCAUUGAUUUCAUGCGCCACUGUAGACUGACAUCUCCGAGACAUCAAGAAUUGUCUUUGGCAAAUGACACUCAGUAUAUUAUUAUUGUUAUAUAGUAAUGUGAAUUUGAAAAGAAAAAUUUGUUUCUAAGCUUGCACAUUAGUGUCCAAAUUAAGUGUUCUGAUGCAUAUUUUAUUUGUAUGUCAAGAGGUUAAGAAUUUUUUUGGUUGUAUUACAUAUAAAAGUGUAAAAUCUUGAAAUUCAUGCAACGUAAGUUAUAAAUGUGUUAACGACUCUUGACUGUAAUAGCAAUAAAGCAUCAUCUUCUAAA